AUGUGCCGUAACAGAGGCGUUUAUUCGAAUGCACGAGAGCGGAACUAUUUAUCGUUCAACAAGGCUUGUCGACAAGAAGGAAUUGCCUGGAAAACGCUUUUGCCUGUCCCAGGUUACGCGGAGAAGAUCGAGUUUGGUGUCAUUAUUUCUUUUGCAUACAAAGUCAAAGAUUCAGAUCAAGAACUCGUCGUUGCAAUAACAAGGCCGGAAACUAUGCUUGGUGAUACUGCCGCUGCUGUACACCCAGAGGAUCCGAGAUAUAAACAUUUGAUUGGAAAGAUGUGCCAACACCCCUUUGUUAAAAGAGAACUGCCGAUUGUUGGGGAUGAAUUCGUGGAUCGUGAGUUUGGGACAGGAGCUGUGAAAAUAACUCCUGCGCAUGACCCCAACGAUUACGAGGUUGGACUAUGGCACAAGCUUCCCUUUAUUACAUGCAUCACCGACGACGGCUUUAUGACGAAGGAUUGCGGUCAAUUUGCUGGUAUGAAGCGAUUCGAUUGCCGAAAAGAAGUUUUGGAUGCUUUGGAGAAGCUUGGUCUUUACAGGGAAAAGAAAGACAAUCCUAUGGUUGUCCCUAUUUGCAGCUGUUCCAAAGACAUAAUCGAGCCAAUUUUAAAGCCGCAAUGGUAUGUGAAAUGUGACGAAAUGGCUCGCCGAGCUAUUGAGGCUGUAGAGCAGAGCAGUCGCGAUUGGUGUAUUUCGAGACAACUCUGGUGGGGUCAUCGAAUCCCGGCAUAUUUCAUCACUGUUACGGAUGGAAAACGCCAGCCGGAGGAUCCAGCCGAUAACAAUAUUGGAUUUCUGCUCACACAGAAGAUGAGCGCGCGAGAAAGGGGCAGAAGAAAUGAGGACGUGCUUGACACUUGGUUUUCCGCGGGCGUGUGGCUUUUUGCAAUCUUCGGUUGGCCUGAAAAUACUGGCGAUCUCAAUGCAUUUUUCCCUGAGUUAGCGAUUCUCGAAACGGGACACGACAUCUUAUUUUUCUGGGUCACGAGAAUGGUGUUCAUGGCACAAGAGCUCACCGGGAAAAUCCCAUUCAAAGAGGUCUUAUUUGCAUGCUAUGAUUCGGAGAUGCGCAUGGUAGAAAGA